UACUUUGAUCUAAUAUAACCACAUGAUGCAUACAAAGGAUGUAUCGGUAAAUAGUACAAGGAUUCCAUUGGUUUGGGGUUCCUCAAGUCUAAAGCAAACUUUUGCCGCACUCCAAAAAGGAAACUUUACAAGAGUGGUGGGUACUGGUUGGUACUCAGUUACUCAAUACACAACGACAGCAACCAGCCAAGCUCUGUUUCCACAAGCCAUGGCUCUCAAGAUCUGUGUCCUUCUAACCAUCACCUUAUGCUCACUCUUCUUCCGUCCUACCAAUUCCAUUGACUUCAAUUUCCCAGCAAUUUUCAACUUCGGCGAUUCGAAUUCCGACACGGGCGGCCUUGUUGCCGGGGUUGGAGACCGCCUCGACCCUCCAAACGGGCAGAUUCACUUCCAAAAACCAUCCGGAAGGUUCUGCGAUGGCCGCCUCAUCGUAGAUUUUUUGAUGGAUGCAAUGGACAUGCCAUUUCUGAACCCAUAUUUGGAUUCAAUCGGGCUGCCUAGUUUCCGAAAAGGGUGCAACUUCGCAGCAGCAGGGUCUACCAUUCUUCCACCGACUGGAUCGUCUGCAUUCCCAUUUUCAUUUGGGAUUCAGGUGGCUCAGUUUUUAAGAUUCAAGGCUCGGGUGCUCGAACUGCUCAAAAACAAGAAACUUGACAGGUACUUGCCUGCAGCAGAUUAUUUUGCAAAGGGGCUUUACAUGUUUGACAUAGGCCAGAAUGAUCUCGCUGGUGCCUUUUACUCCAAGCCAUUGGAUCAAAUUCUUGCUUCGAUUCCAACAAUUUUAGCAGAAUUUGAAGCUGGAAUUAAUAAAUUAUAUGACCAAGGGGCAAGGAAUUUCUGGCUUCACAAUACGGGUCCGCUCGGAUGUUUGGCUCAGAAUGUUGCGAAUUUCGGAAGCGAUCCAUCAACGCUCGAUGAACUAGGAUGUGUGAGCUCCCAUAACCAAGCCGCAAGGCUUCUCAAUCUGCAGCUCCAUGCGCUGUGUAAGAAAUUGCAAAGCCAAUACUCAGAUGCGAAUGUCACAUAUGUUGACAUAUUCACAAUCAAGUCUAACCUCAUCAUGAACUAUUCUCGUUACGGAUUUGAACAACCGAUAAUGGCAUGCUGUGGCUACGGAGGAUUGCCAUUGAACUACGACAAUAUAGUACGCUGUGGCCAAACGAAAGUCGUGAAUGGGAGUUCGGUCACGGCCAAAGGGUGCAGCGAUAGCACUGAGUACGUGAAUUGGGACGGGAUUCAUUACACUGAAGCUGCAAACCAGUACGUGUCCUCACAAAUUCUCACUGGAAAAUACUCUGACCCGUCUUUCUCUGAUCAGAUGCCUUUCCUUCUUAAGCUCAAGUUCUAAAAUAUUAUGUAACCGUUAUACGCAAAAUUUGAUUGAUUUAUUCUUUACACAAAUUUUUAGUCUCGGAAAAAAGGUCUCAUAAAUGGAUUUGGUGCAAUUGAUCCAAAAAAUAGUAAUAAUGGAGUUGAUGCAAGUGAAGUUUGAAUUCAGGGAUGCAGCUUCUUUGGUAAUUUCUUCACUUCUUUAUUGUCAACACUCGAGGCGUGAGUGGUGAUGCUCGGGCGUGCUAGGAUCGAAUUGCAAUCCACAUUUGAUAUUGGUGUGGAUGUUGUUAUCUGACUAUUAAUGUAACGAAAUUAUGUGA